CCUGUGUUUUGUUCUUCCCUUUCCUUUUUUAGUUUUUAAAUCUAAACCAUUUACAUUCCUUUCUGCUGCGGACUGACGUCUGCAUUCUUUCGACAGUCUUUUCUUCGUUUACCAACUUUGCCAGCCUUGACGGUUGGAUUUCCAUUCCUUUUAGUAAUAAUCUCUAGAGUCCUUCCAGGAGUUGGCUCGCUCUGAGAUCCCUGGUCUUCACUUUUUGCUAUCUUCGAACUUGUCUACCUUUGCCUGGUUGCUUUACUGGUCGACAAUAAUCAGGAUGCCAUCCUCAUCCUUCGUGUGGACCGUAGGGUCCAUCGCUCUUUCCUCCUUGAUCACUCCUACGACCGCAGACGGCUCUGGUAGCCGUUACCAGCUGAUUGAAGCCUGGCAGGGGGAAAAGUUCCUGGACCAUUUCAACGUCUUCAGCGGUGCCGACCCAACAAAUGGGUUUGUCACCUAUACCAACCAGAGCUACGCAGAGAGCUCGGGUCUCAUCAAAGUGACCGAAAGCGGUAGUUUCUACAUGGGCGUGGACUACCAGACCGAACUCAGCCCCAACGGUCCGGGUCGAGACUCGGUCCGUAUUGAAAGCAAAGACUACUAUGAUGAAGGUUUGUACAUUAUCGACCUCCAGCACAUGCCGGGUAGCGCCUGUGGGACGUGGCCUGCUUUCUGGUCGGUGGGUCCCAACUGGCCCUAUGAUGGUGAAAUCGAUAUCAUUGAGGGUGUCAACAAGCAUGAAGCCAACAAAAUUGUCCUGCAUACGAGCGGUUCAUGCGCCUUGUCCAGCGAGAACGAUAUGAGUGGCAGCAUGACCUCUAGCGAGUGCGGCGAAGCAUCUGGGACUAUCGGCUGUGUGGUCGAGGGCCAGACUGGUACCUCGGGCGACCCGUUUAACGAGAAGAAUGGUGGUGUCUAUGCUAUGGAAUGGACCUCGAGCUUUGUUAAGAUCUGGUAUUUCGCUCGUAGUGAAAUUCCCCAAUCCAUUACCGAGGGUAACCCAGACACGACGGCCUUUGGCACCCCGAUGGCUCACCUGCAGGGAACCUGCGACUUCCACGAGCGCUUCAAGUCGCAGAAGUUCAUCCUUGACACCACCUUCUGUGGCGACUGGGCUGGUGGCGUGUUCGGUGAUUCUGGCUGCCCAGUCAGCGACCCCAGCAACCCCAUCCAGAGCUGUGUAAACUAUGUGGCUCAGAACCCAGCCGCUUUCAAGGAAGCCUACUGGGAAAUCAACUACAUCAAGCUGUUCCAGACGGGUGCUGGUCAUUCGACCGCCUCUGUUGUCCCGCAAGCUCAGACCGCCACUGCUGUUGCGUCGAGGACAGGAGAUAACGUUCCAUCUAUUACCUCCACGCCUCUUCCCGAGACUACCGCUCCCGCCCCAGAGACGGCAUCAGUUGAGGCACCUGCCACUUCGAGCGCAGUUCCUGAGCCUGCCAAUCCUCAGACCAGCGUUGCCGGUGCCGAAACCACCGCCGCCCCAGCUCCUUCGACUCAGACCACUGCUGCCCCAGCAAGACCUUCUUCAGAUGACAGCGAGGAGGGCGCUGAUGCUGUCUCGGAAACUACCAUCUAUGUGACGGAGACUACGACCUUUUGCGGAGCCAGUACUCAGAAGGGCUCCAUCCAGACUCUCGGCGGUGGAGAGACCGACGUCUCUCCGGCAAGCUCCACGGUCGAGCCCACGGCUACCCCCGCUGCUCCCACAUCGACCGCCCAGGAACCUGUUGCUUCGCAGCCCGGAACUGUCAACGGUGGUACACCUGUUCCCACCGAUGUUUCCCCGGAAACUCCUGCCGAGCAGACGGCUGGUGAGUCCAGCGCACCGACUCCAAGUGCCCAACAGCCAGAACAGUCUCAGUCCGCCGCAACCAGCAUCGAGGCUAGCAACGUUCCCCCGGCUGCCUCAACCUCGGCCCCUGCUGAGCAGGGUACUCCAGAGGGAGCUAGCCCCGUUGGCGCCACCGAGUCGCGACAGGUUCCCGACGAGCCGUCACCCACGAGCGUUGCCCCCAUCCACAGCCCCUCCCACUCGUCGUGGGUCAUCCCAUCCUCGAGCCGUGUUGCCUCGUCUUCUAGCUUUGCUUCCACCACAACCUCCGCGAGCCGCACCACCUCUGCAACCCAUGAGGCUACCGCUCCAACGGAGACCGAUUCAGGCGCGUCGACCGGGACUAAUCCUGAAAGUCCUGUCUUCACUGCUGGUGCGAGCAAAUCUGUAGGUAUCUCGAGCAUGGCCGGUAUUGUUUGUGGUGUUGUCGUGGCCAUGUUGGCCUAAUACAAUGUAUUUCUAAAGUCGGUGGAUUUUUCAACUUGUUUUUUGGCCUCCCUUUUUCUUUCCAGCGGAUUGUCCUGUAGGAGGAGCUUUCUACAAAUACCCACAUUUCU